UCGUAAGAGCAGCAUCAGCUAAUUAAUUUACAUAUAGAAAUAAAACCAUGCAGAGCUUUAGGAGCGCACGGCUUUUGGCCAGCAGCAUGAGCACCAACAACAACAACAACAUCAUCAUUCGCCUAUAAACAAACGUGUGUGCAAAUCCAUAAAAAGCAACAAGAACAAGAAGUACAAGAAUGAAAACAAGUGCAAAUUGGGCCGCUGCGGCAAUCGAAAGCAAAUAGAUAGAAAAGAGAACGAACGAAAGGAAAAUACAUGGAGUGCUACCAGAGUAGCUAAGCAAUUAGCCAAAUAAAAUUAGUGAAGAUACAAAAACAAACAGUAAAGCACAAAAAAAAAGACAAAAGUGAAAGACGAAUAUCAAGCAACGGAAACCGUGUCGUUUUUGUCAAUCACAUACAACAAGAAGACGAAGCAGAACAAGAAGAAGAAGCCGCGUAACCACAACAUUGACACGCUGUACCGCAGCGGCGGCAGCCAGCGGGGCGCUGGCAACGAAUUGCGAUGCCUGGACUUGUGGUCUUCAGGCGUCGCUGGUCUGUGGGCUCCGAUGAUCUGGUAGUACCCGGUGCAUUUCUCUUGGCGCUUCACUUCAUAUGUUUUGUACUUGUGGCCGUCUCGUUAGUUUUAUUUGAGUAUGACACAAGUGUUUUAAGUGUUAAGCUAUUAUUCUAUCAUCUAAUAGGCUACUUGUUAAUACUAUUUUUUUCAAUAUGCGUAGAAAUAGGCAUUUGUGUGAUCUCGAUGCGCGGCAGCAUUUUGGACUCCGAGGCGCGUACAUCGAUCAAUAUAUGGAUAUAUCUCAAGAGUUUGGUGAUAUUAUUUGAUAUUUCAUGGCUAAUAUUGGGCUCCAUAUGGCUGUCCCAUUAUUAUAUGGAGGCACCCAUCGAUGAGGCAAAGAAGAUUUUCAUAGCCAUCAUCAUAUGCAACUGGACGUUGGUCUUUAUUACGCUUAUAACCAUCUGGUGCACAUUCGAUGCAGCAGGUCGUUCCUGGGUCAAGAUGAAGAAGUACCAGCGCUCCAUGCGAGAGACUGAAUCGCGAUUCAACUACAAGCGAAGCAACAGCAUGAAUCGCAACUGGCGGCAACGGAAAGUGAUGCGCGCCUACCAGGACAGUUGGGAUCAUCGCUGUCGUCUGCUCUUCUGCUGCAUGGGCUCGUCGGAGCGCAACCGGAACUCGUUCACGGACAUUGCGCGACUGCUGAGCGAUUUCUUUCGCGAACUGGAUGUGGUGCCAUCGGAUGUGGUCGCCGGCUUGGUCCUGUUGCGUAAAUUCCAGCGCCUCGAGCGCGAGGCGAUUGUCAGGCAGCGCAAGAAUGGGACAUACGAGUUCCUCAGCGGCGUGCCCAUCACGGAGCACACGCAGUUCCUAGCACUCAACGAUGCCAAAAACUAUGAUUUCUUUCAAACGGUCAUACACUACAUGUACUUCGCCCAGGGCGCCUACGGCUGGCCCAUGUACGUCAUCAUCAAUCGCAGCAAAAUGUGGCAUCUGGUGCCCGAGCUCAAAUGCUUUGGCUGCUGUUGCGGCAGCGGGGACGACAGUCAGGUGAUCCAGGACAACUGCUGCUACUGCAACUAUGCGGCCCUGAAGAAGACCCUGCAGCUGGGCGACAUCGACAUCGUCUACGCCACGUACCAUGUGGACGUGGGCGAGACGCCGUUCUUCGUGGCCGUCGACUACACGCAGAAGAAGAUCGUGAUCAGCAUCCGUGGCACGCUCAGCAUGAAGGACAUACUGACCGAUCUGAAUGCUGAGGGCGAGGUGCUGCCGCUGCAGCCGCCGCGCGACGAUUGGCUGGGCCACAAGGGCAUGGUGCAGGCGGCGAUCUAUAUACGUAACAAGCUGCAGCAGGAGAAUCUCAUUGAGCGCGCUCUGCAACGCAAUGCGGAUCGCUUGACACACACCUUCGAUCUGGUGCUGGUGGGGCACUCACUGGGCGCUGGCACUGCGGCCAUUUUGGCCAUUCUGCUCAAGCCGGACCAUCCGACACUGCAAUGCUUUAGCUAUUCGCCGCCCGGCGGACUGCUCAGCAUGCCGGCCGUGGAGUACUCCAAGUCGUUCAUAACGUCCGUGGUGCUCGGCAAGGAUGUGGUGCCGCGCAUCGGUCUCAAUCAAAUGGAGGCACUGCGCGCCGAUCUCAUCAAUGCCAUACAGCGCAGCGUCGAUCCCAAGUGGAAGACCAUCUCGUGCUCGGUCAUCUGCUGUGGCUGUGGCCCGGAGCCCACCUCUGUGGUCAACAUGUCCGGCCAGGACACGCACAUCAAUCGGUACCAGGAGGAGCGCGACACAGCUCGUUCGACGAGCGCCCAUCCGACGGACAGCUCAAUAGCUUUAACUCUGCAUCAGCCCUUAUAUCCGCCCGGUCGCAUCAUCCACAUUGUGCGGCAUCAUCCCAAGCCCGAUGAGCAAAAAUACGACAGUGGUUGGAGCAACAACAAGUUCGACAACACAAAAUACCGAUACCAGUGCACUGUGUCAUUGUCAGCAACAAGAAAUGUCCAUUCCAAUCAGAUCGCUCGUCAUGGUACUCAUCUAUCCAAUUGGAAUCCAAUUCAACUCUUACAUACAUAUGUUGUAACGACUAGCGGCCCACGUAAGCCCCAGCGCCAGACCUCAAAUGCAUUCUCCACCACCUCGAUGGACCAGGACGACAACCAGCAAGCCGACCAGGAGCCCAAUCAUGACUCGGACCCAAAUCCAAAUCCGGAUACGGCUCGUCACUUGGCCGGCGCCGGCAGCAUAGCGCACCAGGAGCUGAUCGGUGCGCCGCACUGCAAACGUCCAGCGGACAGUUCCUAUUCGAAUUUGAGCAACUGCAUCAUGCUGACGCCCACGGCCCAGCACAAGCUCUGCCUGGAGACGUCGUUCACCAAUCUGCAGCACCAGCUGGAGCAGCGCGCGGCUCAGCCGCUGGCCGGCAGCAAGGCCUCGUCCAUAGCGGGCAGCAUCUUUGGGCGCAGCCAGCUCAGCUCCACCACCACUCCAUAUGACAUAUCAAGCGUCCUGGACGACAGCAUCACCACGGUGACGACGAUGCGCAAGAGUCCCUGCUCCAUGCUCAGCGAGACGACAACGGUGCUGCUCAAUGCCGAGGCUAGCGAGGCGCCACGGCUGCGCGCCGUCGCCUUCGACAUGGCGCCAACGCCGCCGCCGUCGCUGGCGGAGCUGCAGCCGCUGGCGCGGCAGCACUCGGAGCGCAAGCCGCGCUCUCUGCCCCUGACGCAGGCGCUGCGGCGCGCCUCGCUGGCCGGCCAGGCCGUGGACUUGCUGCACGACGACUGGUACGGCCUGGCGCCGCUGGCCAGCCCGGAGACCCUGUCCGAGAUCUCGAGCGUAUCCUCGCGCAGCAGCGUUCCGAUCAGCUUGGCCAACAGCGUCGAGCGCUAUCUGCAGCACAUGGGCGUGGGCGUGGGCAUGGGUGCGGCCGGGGUGGGCAAGGUGCCGCUGGAGGACAUAUUCGAAUCGCAGCUGCACACGCCCAAGGUGAUGCGGCGCGCGCCCAAGUUCAGCGAGAAUCUGUCCGGCUGUGCGGAGGACACACGCAACCUGGACCAGUACAAGCGGCUGGGCCGUGUCUUUGUCACAUUUCCGAGGAUCUUCCCCGAGCCGGGCGCCCACCACCACCAGCAGCUGCAGUACAAGCACAGCCUGGGCCUGGACUCCAACUCCAGCGACGACAGCUUCGAGUCGGCGCACAGCCUCCAUCGGCUGCAGCUGCCGGCGGCGGUGCCAUGCGCGGCCAGCUCCAAGUCGGCCGAACAGCUGGACGAGGAGGCGCGCUCCUCGCCCGCCAAGAAGCUCACGUUCAGCGACAGCAACAUCCUGGCCGACGAGCACUGCCUGCGCCUCUGCCCACACUGUCCCUGUCGGCGCGAUGGACGCGAUUGCUGCACGCGCUCCGCGCACGAUCAUCAGCAGUGCGCCAAGGCGGAGGCGACAACAGCGGCGACAUCGACGGCCACGUCGAUGGCAACGGCAACGGUUGGCUCCACGGACACCAACAGCAGCUUCUACAGCGCCAACUCGCAUUCAUCGCUGGAGCAGUUUGCCACGCCCAGCCGGCAGCAGCUGCAGCAGCAGGAGGCAGCGAAGCUGAACGGCGGUCAUGCGCUCAAUGAGAUCCUUAUACGUCCAGGUGUGCUGGAAUCGCACUUUCCCGUCUACGGCGGCGCCGCCGCCGCUCAGCCGGAGACGCCGGUCAUUGUGGCGCCGGCGUCGCCCUCGCCCCUGAGCAAUGGCGCCAGCAAGAAGGCCGAUGUGGUUGGUGGACGCGUGCGCAAGCGUCUGUCCUCCGAGGAGUUCGUGUUCGCGCGCAGCGAGGAUCUUCCCACUCUAGUACAAAUCGGUGAUAGGAACAACAGCAGCGGCGGCUCGCCCUCCACCCGGAAGCAGCGGCGUGGCUGCUGCGUGUAUCCCGUUGGCAAUAGCAUUCGCGUUGCCGGCGCCGAUGUGGAUGCAGCUGCUGCGACCGCCGCCAACGCCGCCGCCUUUCCCUCGUCCAUUAGCAAAUACUCCCGUACUCGCGUCACCGCGGCGGCAGCGGCAGCAGCGGCGGCAGCGACUGCAAAGCAAGGAAUAGAAAAUAGUGAAAGUAAUGUGUAAUAAGAAUAUAUAUACUAGAUAAAUAAGUGUAGUUGAAUGCAGUACCUAAGCAACCGCAACCGUAACCGUAACCGUAAACGCAACCGUAAUCGCAACUGAAACCAAAAGAUUAUUCAAUUUUAUUUGCGAUGUGCACCAAAUGAAUAGAGAGCAAAACUAAUUGAAAUUACAAUUUCGCAUACAUACCAACAAUAUAUAGCGUGUAAACACAGCGUUUAACAUGAAUAAAUGCAAUAUACAAAUAUUUUUU